CAUGUCAUGUCAUGUCAUCAUUAUUCAAAGGGGCGUGUUUACAUUGGAACCGGUCUGCUCGUCUUUGCCCUGACACCUAAAAAAGAAAAACAAUUGCAAAACGGUCACAAUGAGCUACGGUUGACAGCACAUCCUGUUUUUGCCUGGCGCGCGUUCAUAACUCGCGUGCGCGUCGACGUAUGAAUUGUGAUAGUUGCGAUUCGAACGUCCAACUGCAGUUUGCGCGUUUCUCGGACACCAAGCCCAGGAAAGGCGUCCCCGCUCCCCUCCUCCGGUAAUAGUGGUUAUGGUGUUCUCACUUGUUUUUCAAGGGAGCUUCUUUUCAAGCGCGAAAAGUUGUCAAGUAAGUUAGCCGACUCCCUAGCUGGCUGGCUAGGUAGCUAAGCCGAGCUUACUCACCAGAGCAGCUGUUAAAACUCACCACCGCCUCCCCGUAGCCGCUCCCCCAAAUGGAGAGCUACGCCGCCGCAGACGGACUGGAGGUCCCCGGAAGCUCGCUAUCAACUCGGUCCGAUGUCACGGUGUCGUGUACCGACACCACCAGUGGUUCCGCCGCCGUCUCCCCGGGCACACGCUUCCACCACUAGCCGCGCGGCACCUCCGAGCACCCGGCGGCGAAUGAUCGACGACAAGCACCAGCAGCAGCAGCACCCCGCGCGGAUGUUCCCAACCAGGAAAUUGGAUUAAAUCCGAACCGGGAGGUUUUUCGGGACUGGGUGAGUGAGUGUGUGUACGCGCACCCAUGGCGGAGUUCGAGGAGACCGGGGCCAGGCUGCUGGAUCACGCGGCGGCCGAGGUGGGCGUGCAAGCAGCGGGGAAGACGCCCGGUGAGGGCUCGGUGUCGAACGGCGACUGUGGCAUGUGUGAAGACAACAUGGUCGGCCAAGGUUGUGAAGGCGUGGAAGCCUCCGUCGAGCCCGACAACAAAGCAGACAUGCCCCGCAGGAGCAGCAUCAUCAAGGAUUCCUCGAGACAGCGGAAGGAGAGGAAGAAGACCGUGUCGUUCAGCAGCAUGCCCACAGAGAAGAAGAUGAGCAGCGCCAGCGACUGCAUCACCACCAUGGUCGAUGGCUCAGAGCUGAAGAAGGUGCGCUCCAACUCGCGCAUCUACCACCGCUACUUUCUACUGGACGCUGACAUGCAGUCCUUGCGGUGGGAGCCGUCCAAGAAGGAGUCUGACAAGGCCAAAAUUGAUGUCAAGUCAAUCAAGGAGGUUCGCAAGGGGAAGAACACGGACACUUUCAGAAGCAAUGGAACAUAUGAUCAGAUCUCGGAGGAUUGCGCGUUCUCCAUUAUCUUUGGGGAGAACUACGAGUCCUUGGACUUGGUGGCCAACACCGCAGACGUAGCCAACACCUGGAUUACUGGCCUGAGGUACCUGAUCUCAUACGGGAAACAUACGCUGAACAUGAUCGAGAGCAGUCAGAAUAACAUGCGUUCGUCCUGGCUCGGUGAACUUUUCAGCGAAGUGGAUGGCCACAACAGUCAACAGAUAACUAUAUGCGCUGCUGUGCAGCUGAUCAAAAAGUUGAACCCGGGACUUAAAAAUGUGAAAAUUGAGCUGAAGUUCAAGGAGCUUCACAAAGUAAAGGACAAGGUCGGCUCUCUGGUGACGACGGAUGAGUUCAUUGAGGUCUUUCAUGACCUGUGCACGAGGCCGGACAUCUAUUUUCUCUUUGUCCAGUUCUCCAGCAACAAAGAGUUUUUGGACACGAAGGACUUGAUGAUAUUCCUGGAGGCUGAGCAAGGAAUGGCACAAGUCAGCGAGGACACCAGCGUGGAGGUCAUCCAGAAGUAUGAGCCAUCCAAGGAGGGCCGGCAAAGAAGCUGGCUCUCUCUGGACGGCUUCACUAACUACCUUCUGUCGCCGGAGUGCCACAUAUUUGACCCCGAGCACAAAACCGUGUGCCAAGACAUGAACCAGCCAUUGUCCCACUACUACAUCAAUGCCUCUCACAACACUUACCUUAUAGAAGAUCAGUUCAGGGGUUCCUCUGACGUGACGGGAUACAUCCGUGCCCUAAAAAUGGGCUGUCGCAGCGUGGAGCUGGAUGUUUGGGACGGACCCGACAGUGAACCGGUGAUUUACACCGGCCACACCAUGACCUCGCAGAUCAUCUUUCGCAGCGUGAUUGACGUGGUCAACAAGUAUGCCUUUGUCGCGUCAGAGUUCCCGCUGAUCCUGUGUUUGGAAAACCACUGCUCUUUGAAGCAGCAAAAGGUAAUGUUUCAGCACCUCAAGAAGAUCCUGGGAGAUAAGCUCAGCCUGGAUCCCCCGAAACCCGAUGACUGCUACCUCCCGUCCCCCUCAGAUCUGAAGGGAAAGAUCUUGCUGAAGGGCAAGAAACUCGGCACCAACUGCACUGCCUCCGAGGGGGAGGUGACCGAUGAGGACGAAGGAGCUGAAAUGUCGCAGAGAAUGAGCAUCGAUUCACCGGAACAACAGACAGUUGUGCCCAAGAAGUUCCAGCUGUCAAAGGACCUUUCCGACCUGGUGACGUUGUGCAAGUCUGUCGAGUUCAAGGACUUCCCGACGUCUUUCCAGGGCCAGAAGCAUUGGGAGCUCUGCUCGUUCAACGAGGUCUUUGCCGGCCGCUGCGCAAGCGACUUUCCCGGAGAAUUUGUGAACUACAACAAGAAGUUUCUGGCACGGGUUUACCCCAGUCCAAUGCGGAUCGACUCCAGCAACAUGAACCCGCAGGACUUCUGGAAGUGCGGUUGCCAAAUUGUGGCAAUGAACUACCAGACUCCUGGUCUGAUGAUGGAUUUGAACAUCGGCUGGUUCCGCCAGAACGGGAACUGCGGCUACGUCUUGAGGCCAGCGAUUAUGCGUGAGCAGGUGUCGUAUUUCAGUGCUAACACAAAAGAUUCAGUGCCUGGUGUCUCUCCGCAACUGUUGCACAUUAAGAUCAUCAGUGGACAGAACUUUCCCAAGCCAAAAGGUUCGGGUGCCAAAGGGGACGUUGUAGAUCCUUACGUGUACGUGGAAAUCCACGGCAUUCCUGCCGACUGUGCUGAGCAAAGGACUAAGACGGUCAAUCAGAAUGGUGACAACCCGCUGUUUGACGAGAGCUUCGAGUUUCAGAUCAACCUGCCCGAGCUCGCUAUGGUUCGCUUUGUGGUGCUGGAUGAUGACUACAUCGGCGAUGAGUUCAUCGGCCAGUACACCAUCCCCUUCGAGUGCCUGCAACCGGGUUUCCGCCACAUACCGCUGCAGUCGCUCACCGGCGAGGUCCUGCCACACACCCUGCUCUUCGUCCACGUGGCCAUCACCAACCGAAGGGGUGGCGGAAAGCCCCACAAGAGAGGCCUGUCGGUACGUAAGGGCAAGAAAAGCAGGGAGUACGCCAGCAUGAGGGUGCUGCUCAUCAAGGCCGUGGACGAUGUCUUCAAGACGGCCGCGCUGCCGCUGAGGGAGGCCACGGAUCUCAGAGAAAACAUGCAGAAUGCCAUCGUGUCCUUUAAAGAACUGUGUGGACUUUCGGCAGUGGCCAAUCUCAAGCAGUGCAUCCUGGCCCUCUCCCCUCGACUCAGUACACCGGACACCGGCCCCCUACUACUCUUCAACCUGGCUGACCACUAUCCAGUCAUGGAGCCGCAAGGUUUGCUGCCAGAGGUCCUCAAAAAGGUGUUCACCACCUAUGACUUGGUGAUCCAGACUAGCAAAACUCUCCUGGAGAACUCCGACGGGGUCUACGAGAGGAUCCUCCAAACACAAAAAGCUGCCAUGCAAUUCCACGAGAACCUCCACGACUUGGCGGUGAAGGAAGGGCUGAAGGGCCGCAAGCUUCACAAGGCUGUGGAGAGCUUCACGUGGAACAUUACCAUCCUCAAGGGCCAGGCGGACCUUCUCAAACAUGCUCGCGACGAAGUGCAGGAGAACCUGAAGCAGAUCCAUUAUGCAGCACUGGCGUGCGACCUCAGCAAAGGGAGACCGGCGAGCAGCUCGUCCGACUCCAAAAGUAGCCGACGCAGCCUGGAGGGCAUUCCUGAGAAGGCCACCGCUGACGCAGCGCUCACAGAUGACGACGAAGACGACAAUUGACGUUGUUUUCACAUUCCACUGAAGACUUUGAAACUACCGGACACCGCUUGGUGAUCUUCAGGUAUUCCUAUUUAGAAACCCCGCCCCUCCCAUAAAUCCUGGAACAAAAUUGCUCAACCUCAUCCUGCGUGAACGGAAGAACAUCGGGCAUGUUAGGUGGUACCUUGAAGUUCCACCAGUAACCUCAGGAAAUACGCUAAAACUGAACACCCAGCUAGUCAGUGUGCGGCUAGCCCAAGCGGCUAACACGGCAGUUGGGCACAUGCACUCGCUGCUCCUUCUUGUCAAACAGAUGGAAUCAAAUGCAAAAAUCAAUUCACAUAUGAUCAACAUCCAUUAUUCAUUCACAGAAGGUUUACAGGAAUGGUAAGAAAAAAAACGGGAAAUAGCACCACCCUGCUAAAUUGAAAUCAUAAUGGCUCUUAACAUGAAGCAACACUCGUGCCAAGUCAUCCGGGUCUGUUGACUGCAUUUGGUGGGUAACGAUCCCUAAAAUAAUUUCGUCUAAUUCUUUGAUGGCUAAGGUCCCAGUGGAAACCUGACAGAAAUUCAGCUUGUCUCACAGGAUUUCCUUAGCAUAGGGGUCGGCAACCCGCGGCUCUAGAACCUGAGGCUCGGGCAUCAGGUUAGAAUGCCUCAUGGACGCCUCUGGUGAGGUAUUCUGGACACAUCCUACAAGUAGGAGGUUCCGGGGACCACCUAAGACACGCUAGAGAGAGACUGUCCUCCCAGCUGGCCUGGGAACACCUAGGGAUUCCCCCCCAGAAGAGUUGGAAGAAGUGGCUGGGGGCGGGGGAGUCCGUGCUUUACUGCUUAAGCUGCUGCUCGAUGGAUGAGCAGAAGAAAAUGGAUUGAGCAGCUGGAAGUCUCGUGGGAUUUAUUGGAAGCCUUUUUUGGCGGAAUUGUUGCAAGAGUUGAGCCGAAGUCGCAACAUUUGAAGGUUUUUGUGGGAAGCUGUGUGUGGUUUGGUCGAUUUCUCAUGAGAUUUUAGGGCAAGCCAAGUGAUUGAGCAGAAGUCAUUUCUCAAAGUUUUUAUGUGGCUGAUAGAAAGUUUUGUGUGAUGUGCCUCUGGACUUUCAGACCAAGGACUGUUCCUAUUCCAAUGCUUGUUUGAGUUAGGACCCCCCCCCCCCAUCACCACCUAAAAAUGACCUGGAAUUUGUGGAAUGAUUCCAAAACUGUAGGAAUUUUGGGGUCUUUGGAACUUCAAGGUAGCACUGUUCGCGAUGACUACGCAUUCUACUUGCCUCAACUCUCCCGUUCCUCCCACGUAAGACUCGCUAAGACUCUCUGGGUUCUGGACACACAAACACACACCUUACACGUUUAAACACAUACACACACACACACACACGCACAUAUGGACACAGGCGAGCCUUUUGGAUAUUUCAAGAUGUUCCUUAAAGCACAAUAGUGAAUGUGAAGGGAAGAAAUGUUUACAUUCCUGAACUUGCGUGCCAAGCAAACCUGAUGUGUGUGUGUAUAUAUGGAUAUACCUUUUUUUCCCUUCCUUUUUAUUACUACUUGGGUUGGGGGAGGGGAGACCAAAAAAAAAAAGAUUUAUUUUAUAAAAAAAGAAAAAAUGAAAAACAAUGUGUGACAGGAAGGACUUCUAAGCAACCGGCAAGUGCAUGAGCAGAACCACCAGUGGACAUGUUUUCCAAUCUGCAAGUUUUUUUACUUUGGUAGUUCCCCGUCCAAUUCGUGGAUCUGUUUGCCAAGUUAAUAAAUGCAAUUAACAACUUAUUUUAUGUGGACCAAGACGAUAAUUCCCUCAUGUUAGCUUCUACAAGGUGGGACAUGUUUCCACUACGAAGCUCAUGUUGAGGAAAACGACCUACCGGUAAUCACACAAUAGGUUUUGGUGGGCGGUUGAGGGGUGCAGCUGGCUGCUGGCAACGCAUUUUGGUUUAUUAACGUUCACUUGUGCAGAUCUAAUCACAAAAAAAAUGUCACAAAAAAAAAAGGUCUUUCAGUGACUUUCUCAUUCUGAUCGCCGACAGGAUAGAAAUCAGAAUGGAGAAAUGGAGACCAAUUAGUUCCAUCCCUGACAAAAAAAUAAAAAUCAUUGUUAAAAGCGCAA